AUGGUUCCAGCCACCCGCACCCAUGGUCAAAAAGGCUCCACGGACGCUGGCAGUCCAGCCCGCCAUGACCUUGAACGUGACCCCUUGCCCCAUGAGGAGGACGAAGAGUCCGAUGAUGACUACUCCACCAGUCUCCAUGUGCGCUCGCCGACUACGGGACUGCGGUACAAUAUCGAGAAUCUCGGGGACGAGACUCAAGAUAUUGUCCGAGACCUCUUUUCGGAGACGCCGCAGGAGGAUCUGCCCCUCAUCACAUUACAAUGGUGCAAUUUUGAUAGCCAAAGGAGCCUCUACGCCUUCCAGGUACACGAAAUUGUGCCCCGUGCUAUAUAUGUCGGUGCUUCGGAUAGCAGUUAUCCUAGCCCGAGCUGCAACUGCAUGAAAAAUGGCAGUGGGCCGUGCCGGCACCUGAUAUGGCUGAUGGACCAGCUUGCAAAACAAACAGUCCACGAUCAUGAUCCCGAGCAGGAACUUGAGCUCAACGACCGUGGCUUUCCCUCUAAGGUCGGCGACCCCUAUGCCAGAAUAGCAGACUUCCACCUCGACAUCCUGGCCGACGGGCUUCACUGCGACCCGGGCUUCCCAAACACGUUCCCAGAGCCGAAUCGGCACCGGGUAAGGGAGGCCAGAGAGAUCCUCGCCGCCGUCGCCGACAUUGACGACGACGAGCAGGACAACUACAGACCUGAGAUAUUUGAUGCCGAGAGUCCCACCAAGCUGGACCAGGGCGAGAUCAUCACCCGUGGUGAUCUCGAACUCACGCUUUUACACCUCCUCCUGUCCAACAACGAGAUCUUUGCUAUGUUCCUCAAGCUCUUGGACCCGACCGACAAGGUCAGAGACCCCUUCCGCAAGCUACAGCAGCGUGUAGCUCGGGUCCUAGACGACCUCAACGCAUAUACCACCUCCCAACCCACAACAAGAGAUAUCCCAUCAUCAACAGCGACGGAACAACAAGACAGCAGCGCUGCUGGCAGCGCCAGCACGGCCGAGGGGCCCCGUGACGUCCCCUGGGCCGCCCGCCACAUCGCCCGCGUGGUGCAGCAGAUCCACAUCAUGCUCGACCAGUCGCGGCCCUUAUCCACACGCGAGCGCGCCAGCGCCGCCCGCGCCCUAGUCUGGAUCCUCAAGGCCGUUGCGUCGGCGGACCCGCGCGCCGGAGGGGCGCACCCGGACCGCAACCUCUACCAGCGGCUCAUCGGCGGCGGCAGCAGCGGCAGCGGCGCCGGCGCGGACAGCAGCGACACGGCGACCAUGCUCCUCCUGCUCGACGCGCUGCUGCUGCUGCCCGACCAGAGCCAGUACAUCGACGAGCUCGAGAGCAUCCGCGACGUCGUCGGCGUCGGCGGGUACCAGGAGUCCUUCAUGCGGCGCCUCGAGGGCCUCGUCACGGUGCUGCGCAAGGGCGUGGCGCGGAAAGGCCGUGAGCGCGAGCGCGAGAGGGCCGCUGAGGCCUCGGCGGCGGCGGCGGCGGCGGCGGCGGCGGCGGCAUCGGCGGCAUCGGCCUCGGCGUCGUCUUCGCGGGCUGGGUCCAAGAGGGCCGGUGGGCCGUCGGGCUCCGAGUCUGGGCAGGAUAGAGGGGCGAAGAGGGCGCGGUGA